AACAACACAAAAAAAAAAAAAAAAAAACACAUAUAUUCAAAACCAAAAGCAAAAAAUGGCAAAGUCUUUUACCAUGAUAAUGCUCGUAUCGAUAGUAAUGUUUUACAUGGCUAAUCCAAUUUUUUCCCAGGAAAUUGAUCCAUAUUCAGAAGAGGUACCAGAAGAUGUGGCUAUGUCUCCAACUGAUUUUGAAUUUUACGUUGAAACUCCCGAUGAAGCUCCAUUCGAAGAAGCUGAUUCACCCGCAAUGAAAUAUGACACGGAGCUUAUUCACCAUUAUUCGCACAAACAACUCGAUUUUCUUCGGGGUUGUGCGGAAAAACCGAGCUCGAAAUGCGGAGAUACGAUUUUCAAAAACUUGGUGGAUGAGACGACAUCAACCCCAAUUACAGAUGAAUGUUGUCGUGAUAUAUUGAAGAUUGGCAGAGAUUGCCAUCUCGGAAUUGUUAAGGUUUUGUUCUCCACAUAUGAGUACAAAGAUAUUGCAUCUAAGGCUAUUCCAAGAAGCAAACAAACAUGGAACGAUUGUGUUCGUAGAGUUGGGAGCAAUAUUGGUGCUCCAGUGUCUUUGGAGUAAUAAACUAUAAUACUCACUCGUGCUGAUGUAUCUAUUUUGUGAUUUGAAUGUUAUACCAAUUUAUUUUUGGUAGUCAAGAAGAA